UCACGGAGUGCUGCUCCACCACUCCAGCAGAAUACGACAAAAAGACGCUCACGCAGCUGUAUUAGCAAAACACCUUUAGUCUAAUGAGUCGAAAAUAGUUUUGAUAGGGAGAACGGCGCGUUAUAUGAACUAACACUCAAGUACGUGUACCUUUGACUCUACAUAGCUACAUAGUUUGCACUAUGUUGGAGUACCAGGACACUGGAGUGAAAAUGAUAUCUAAUCACAGGAUUUCAUUCUCAAUAAUUGACAUUUUGGACCCAAAGAAGUUCAACAGCAAGAAGACAACUUCAUUCUCAGCAGAAAAACAAAGAUUACCUUCGGCAGAUGACGGGGUGGGAAGUUUGUCAGGAGGCGUAUCUUGUAAGCACGGUCCUGAUGGUGCCCCAGCCCUUGGAGACAAGGAUUCCGGUGGAGAAACAGCGAAUGGUCAUAUUAGUUCUGUAGACCACAUGGAGCGUCCUGACAAUUAUGUGGUGCUAUCGGACUUGGAUAAAACAGAAUCGGACAGUUCUCUCGAAGGAAUACAGAACGGACAAAACGAGACCAGCGGUGAUUCUGAUACCCCGGGAAAUGACGAGCUCUCGCGACAAAAGAAGCGUCGCACCGAUCACAGGUGCACGAAACCUCGGCGUGCAAGGACUGCCUUCACCUAUGAACAACUAGUAGCACUAGAAAACAAAUUCCACACUACAAGGUAUUUGUCGGUAUGCGAGAGACUCAAUCUCGCCCUUUCUCUCGGCCUCACGGAAACCCAGGUAAAAAUUUGGUUUCAAAAUAGAAGAACUAAAUGGAAAAAGCAAAACCCGGGAGCCGACAGCACAUUACAGACCGGACCAAACCCUCUGCUUAGAGGCAGUACCAGCCCGGGGCCCGAUGGCCCAAGUGCAUUAAAUUACCAGACUUUUCCCACGUUCUCUUCUGGAAAUAUGGUAUUUCACACGACUGAUGCUGUUCCGCUACCAUCCACUGGGGGGCUCCUGAAUCCAUUCCUCCAUAAUGGUUAUCUUCAGACAGCGUUCUACACACAACAUUUAUGAGAUCGUUUAUGGUCACAUUGUUUUACUUGUAAAUGUAUAGGUUGUUGAGAAUGUUUUAAAGCACAGAUAAUUGUGUAAUUUUCUUUUUUAUAUGUAAGACAAGAAUGUGGUUGGAUAGAAUCAUUUGAGAUGCAUUUACAUUUCUUAACAUGCUCCAGUCACUUAUUGAAUGUCAGUGUUUUGACCCCACAAUCACUGACGAGGGCAAAUGAAACAAACAUCACACACGUAACAGAGAGACAAAUAAGCACAACCAAGAUCAGGGCAAAAAAAAUGAUAUGGCAAGAUUCCAAACUGUAUCUAUGUCUCUUUUAAGAAACUCAGAGUUUUCCUGGUCAGUAGGCCUAUAGUAUCCAAAUAAUUAAAUAAAUGAUCAUCUGUGCAUAAGUGCAUCCAUAUAUAAUUAGAAUUUAUAGAGGCAGAAAAAUGUAUGGUAAUGCCUAUAUAAUGCCUAUACCACUGUGUGGUAUUCUGUGUUGCUGUUAAACCUACUUCACAUCACUUUCACUGAAAUUUCUAUUCGAAAAGUACAAACAGAUAUACCGCUAAUUAAAAGUCAUAAAUGAUUCAGUUGUCUCUGGUUAAUAAAGCUUGUGAUAUUUGAGGCAUGGGUCUUACAAUCUGCAGACCCAGCUUUGAAAAAAGAUUAAUCCUGAAAUCGUUGUUUGCAUUGUAUGUUAGAGUUGAGUUUCAUGAUUGUGUGUUUAACUGUGAUCUGGACCAACUUAUGAAGACAAAGCUUCCCAGAUAGUAGAUGGUUCCAGGCCAAACAUAGUUUAGUUUAUCAGGGUCUGUAAUGGCAACGGCAAGUGUACUGUGGGCCAAAAGUCGCCCAAAUGCAUAUCACACCAGAGACAUGGUCCCAUCAAGGUCGAGUUGCUCCUGUGUUCUGGCAGCCAGAUUCGGACGGGUUCAUGUGCGUCAUUCCGUGGUGGUAUGUGGGCCAAAUGAAGUGCUAAGGGUGGACCAGCACUCAGUUGCUAUGUGGGUUGUCAGCAUAACCUUUGCACCUGUAAAAUCAUCAUCUUAAGAUUGAUCUAGUAAACUCAGCAACCCAAUCAGAGUUGGCCUUUUUCUUCUUGUGUCAGUGUAAAUACAGACCAGAUCAAACAAGUGUGGCAAUUCUCUCCCGUAAAAUGAGAUAUUCUGGAUUUAACAGCCAGGUGACUUGUCAAAACGUAUUCAAACCACACAAAAUCUGUACCUUUCAAAUGCCAAAUGUUUUGAA